GUGAAAGUUAGCUUCCUGUCAUGAUGUUACUAGCAUAGCAGGCUCACUGCAACAGAUAUUUAACUAAAUGACAAAAUGAUAAAAUUUUCUGUGAAGUUCUAUUCAGUUAAGAGUUAAUUACCCAAGCAACCUUUUAGUUACAAGUAGUUUAACAAAUUAAAAUGUCAAAGAGGCUUGUGGCUUGCAGGAAAUGUGACGUAGCCCAAGUAGCUAACUAGCAUUAGUUCGUCCCGUGUUGUACUCCUGUGUUAGUGCAACUGUUAGCAGAAGAUGUGGAGAUGUUUACACCAAGCCUUUCAUCAGAACAGCAGCGAGACCUGGCGAUAAGAAUUACCACUUUUCUGUCUCAGUACAGCCACCUGUCCGACGCCUAUAUAAUAGAGUUCUUCACUGAGGAUCUGUGGUCCACAUUACCCUGCAGCUGGCAGCCUGUGCUCAAAGACCUCUCAUACCCACAGAUUGCAGACCUAUUACUAGAUGCUACGCAUGGAGACAGGAGAUAUCCUUCCGUCUGGCCUCUGUCCCUCCUGGCGUUCCUGGCCACGGCUCAUGCGUUGGCGUUUCCGAGACAGACCAGAGUGGUGUCCAUGCCAGAGGAGUUUUGUGUAAACCACAGCCAGAGUUCACUGCUGGGACAUAUUUUCAGGAAACAUGUCAAACCUAAGAAACAGCAUGAGAUUCGCAAGUUGGGCGUGCUGGUGAAGGACAUUUGUGAGCAGACGGAGUGCAGCAGAGUGGUGGAUGUGGGCUCCUGUCAGGGUCACCUCACACGUUUCAUGUCCUUUGGACUCGGCCUGUCUGUGACCGCUAUUGAAGCCGAUCACAACUUGGUUUCUAUGGCGUCCAGAUUUGAUGGACGUUAUUGCAAGCUUGGAAAGGAAAAGCAGAAAAAAGGCCUUUCUUCUCCCUAGAAAUGUUCCUCUCAGCUCCCAACAUCUCAGUCUUCUCCAUGCCAUGUUGCCGGCUGGGUAAAUCCAAAUGCAUCCUGGGAAGACUUCCUCAAGCAGCUGAAAACAUCAAAUUGUGGCAGUGAGGGCUCCCCAAAACCAUCAGGACCCAGUAAGAAGAGACUGAAACACCAAAGACAUGCACCUGACAUUCAGGGUUCAGAGGCUUGUGCUUGUCCAGACAACACCUCCCCCUCCCAGAGCUUUGACAGGACGUCACAGCAGCAGCAGAGUCAGACCUCAUCCUCUGAAAACUGCGGCUCACAUGUCCAACCUGUUUGUGAGGACGUUUCAGAUAAAGCAGAGGACAGUCCACAGGCUGAAGACUUCGUCCUUACUGGUCUCCAUGCUUGUGGUGACUUGAGCACCACUCUGCUCCGUCACUUCGUAAAGUGUCCUCAUGUGCGGGGCAUCACCUCUGUGGCCUGUUGUUACAUGAAAAUAACCACCAGAGAAAACCCCGUCCCUCCAGGAGUGGUAGAGGGUCCCAUCCCACCGACGUCAAGUCACCAACCACUGCCUGCAGAGUUUGGGUACCCCAUGAGCUCGUGGGUCCGGGGUCUCCCUGGUCAUCCGCUGUCUUAUAAGGCCCGAGAGGGGGCGUGUCAUGCCAUCGAGGACUAUGUGCGGAGGCUGAGGGAGGACAGCCAGCUGCUCAGGACGCACUGCUACCGGGCCAUGCUGGAAGCCUUCAUUAGAAAUGUGAGGCCAGAUCUACGUAGGGCGGGAAUCCAGACCAUCAAAAAAGCCCAUCUGUUGCCUUUUGCAGAAUACGCUCGUCUGGGUCUGGUCCGGGUCGGCCUUCCUGCCAUGUUGCCUCUGGAUGCGGAGCGGAUGGAGACUAUGCUGGAUCAGCAGGUCCGGGUGGUGGUCUACUUCAGCCUGUCCAUGCUCCUGGCUCCUGUAGUGGAGACGCUGGUGCUGCUGGACAGAAUGAUCUACCUGCAGGAGAACGGUGUCGACAGUCAGCUCAUUCCUCUCUUCAACCCAAACUUGUCUCCGAGGAACUUUGUGCUGGUGGCUCUGAAGUCUCAGUAGGACACACGGACAGAAGACUGUUUACUCAGAAACAUGUCUUCAUAAAAGCAGGUGGGGCAAGAACAGUCUCAAGGAUUUAAAGGGAUUUUUUUGUUUGUUUUUGAAAUAUAGUUGUGUAUUUAUUAUCAUGGGCUUUUUUAAGUGUGCGUAUGUAUGUAUGUUCAGCUCACCUUCAUCUGUGUCUUAUGCAGGGGUCUCAAACAUGCGUCCC